AUGGCAAACCUCCGCCGAGCUCCAGCAGCCCUCCCUCGCACCGAGCCAAAGACUCACGCCGCCUAUCCCAAGAAACAAAAGCAAGUCGUCUCCACCACCGCAAUGUUCAAGCGUCCUCUCCGCCCGCGCCAGAACGCCAUCUCCUCCGCCCCAACCCGCACCCCAAAGCCCAUCCGCAUCAUCAAAUCAGCGCAAAACCCCCCCGGCCCCUCAAUCCUAAAGAAAGCACGAAUAGUAGGCGAGAGCGUGGCGGCGAAGCAUCCAAUCUCAGUCGCGUUCAAUGAAACAACAACAACCUACCUCGACACCACCACCGCCUCCCUCACACGCGCCUUGAACGAAACCCACGCCGCCCUCCUCGCCGAACUCGCAGCCGCCGUUUCGACCGGGCCCACCAAACCUCCCCUCAGCAGGAAAACCAAUGGAGCUUCGACGCGAUACCCAGACACAACGGCCAGUGCUAGCUCCCCCCAACCCCUCGCAACCCGCUACGCCGCCGACAUCGCCGCCCUCACGGCCCCGCUUGGCGCCAUCACCCUGACUUCUACGCAGUGGACACGCGACAUGACGCUGCACGAGCGGCUGACACGCUUCCACGAGACGCUGCAGGCAGAGGCGCAGGUGGUGCGUGAGCUGCAGGCGGAGUACGAGGAGGUGCUGGAGGAGCUGUACUGGGUGCUUCGCGCUGCGGUAGGAGAGGAGGAGGCGGGGAGGGUGCUGGAAGCGAGUGGGGUGAGGUUGGGAAGCGGGGGGGAGGCGCGGGGAGGGGUUGCGGAGUCGAAGCUUGAGGCGCUGGAGCCUGCGCCGCGGGUGGAGGAUAACGAGGUUGAGGGGAUGGAGAGGGAGAUUAGGGAGGUGAGGGAGGUUGCGUUGACGGCGUUUCGGGAUGAGGAGAGUGAGAGGAGGGGGAAGGAGAAGGAGCAGAAUGAGAAGAUUGCGGAGUCGAUGAAGCGGUUGCAGGGGUAUUGA